CCCAUGUGCUCGGCACGGCUGCCGGUGAUGCCCUUCGGUGCGCCUUGAUUCCCGGCGAGCAGGCAAGAUGUCCAGCACACCACAUGACCCGUUCUAUUCUUCGCCUUUCGGCCCCUUCUACCGGAGGCACACGCCGUACAUGGUGCAGCCGGAGUACCGCGUCUACGAGAUGAACAAGCGGCUGCAGGCUCGCACAGAGGAGAGUGACAACCUCUGGUGGGAUGCCUUUGCAACAGAAUUUUUUGAAGAUGAUGCAACCUUAACCCUUUCGUUUUGUUUGGAAGAUGGACCAAAGCGAUACACAAUUGGAAGAACCCUCAUUCCUCGUUAUUUUAGCACUGUCUUUGAAGGAGGUGUGACAGACCUGUAUUACAUCCUCAAGCACUCAAAAGAAUCAUACCACAACUCCUCCAUCACAGUGGACUGUGAUCAAUGCACCAUGGUCACUCAACAUGGAAAACCUAUGUUUACAAAGGUGUGCACAGAAGGACGUCUUAUCUUGGAAUUUACCUUUGAUGACCUUAUGAGAAUAAAAACAUGGCACUUUACCAUUAGACAAUACAGAGAGUUGGUCCCUCGCAGUAUUUUAGCCAUGCAUGCACAAGACCCUCAGGUGCUGGAGCAGCUGUCCAAAAAUAUAACUCGUAUGGGUCUGACUAACUUCACCCUCAACUACCUCAGGUUGUGUGUAAUAUUGGAGCCAAUGCAAGAACUGAUGUCAAGGCAUAAAACGUAUAAUUUAAGUCCUCGGGAUUGCCUGAAAACAUGUUUGUUUCAAAAAUGGCAGCGAAUGGUGGCACCUCCAGCAGAGCCUACAAGACAGCCAACAACCAAACGGAGGAAAAGGAAAAAUUCAACAAGCAGCACUUCUAAUAGCAGUGCCGGGAACAAUGCAAACAGCACCAACAGCAAGAAAAAAGCAGCAGCUGCAAACCUGAGUCUUGCAAGUCAGGUACCUGACGUGAUGGUAGUCGGGGAGCCAACCCUAAUGGGUGGAGAGUUUGGUGAUGAAGAUGAACGGCUUAUCACCAGGCUAGAGAACACACAGUAUGAUGCAGCAAACGGCAUGGACGAUGAUGAAGACUUCAACAAUUCACCUGCGCUGGGAAACAACAGCCCAUGGAAUAGUAAACCUCCCGCUAACCAAGAGACCAAGUCGGAAAACCCAGCACCGCAAGCUUCCCAAUAAGCUAUCUGAAGCUGCAUCCACUGUUGUUUAUAACAGCGGGUUACAAUUACUAUCUCACAGCAUACUUUACAAAAAAUAAACAAAAAAACCCCACCCUAAGCUCCCAAUUUUCCACAGAUAUAAAACCUAUUUCUAGAUGUACAGCUAUCUUUUUUUAAGUUAGAAAAAAAUAAUUUAUAAGCUUCCGGAUAGUUAUCUUGGAAGCCCUUGCACAUGACAUGAUACUGACACUGACCUCAGUGAAAAGAGUUAAAUAUGUAAGUAGCACCUCAUAAUAAUUUCUAAAUGCUAAAGUUUCAGAGGAGGAUUUUUCUCUACUGUGAUCCCCCUUAUCCUAAAAAGGCCAUAUCUUACAGACCAUCAGUGCUCAGGAUCUAUUGACAAUGUUUUUAUCAUGAUGAAUGAAAUACAUUCUGUUUUUCAACUUGCUCCUGAGGUUUUUUGUUCUAAAAUAUGACUAAAAAGAUUAGACCAUCUAGAAUAGGGGUGGGCAGAAGAUAGAUCUCCAGAUGUUUUGGACUUCAACUCCCAGGAGCCCCUGAGGGCAUGGCCCAGGUUUAGGGAUGUUGGGAGUUGAAGUCCAAAAUACCUGGAGGUCUACCAUCUGCCCUUCCUUGUUCUAGAAAACCACUUUUAAUCUCUCUCCAUGCAAUUUCUUUCCCAGUUAGCCAUUAUAACAGAUGGGAAAGAAAGGGGGGAAAUGUCCAGCUUUCAAAAAAUGGUUUAUUAUAAAGAACUGCUGUAGUUUAGCAUCCUCCAAAGUGACAGUCUCCAGAUGUGCUGGACUACAUCCUCAUUAUCAUAGACUAGCAGAGUUGGAAGGGGCCUACAAGGCCAUCGAAUCCAAUCCCCUGCUCAAUGCAGGAAUCCACCCUAAAGCCUUGGCUAACAAAGCCUUGGCUGGGGAUGGUGGGAGUUGCAGUCCACCAUAUCUGGAGGGUGCUGGCUUGGAGAAGGCUGCUGUAGCCUAAAAGGUUUUGGGUUAAAAACUUUCCUCCAGAGAAAUUUCAAAGACACCUCUGUGACAAUGAUUUUGUAACAGGGACUAAUCAAACAUGUUCUAUGAAAUGUACAAAUAUAUUUAUCAAUUUUAUAUAUCCAAUCACUCCCAAAUUGCUUAUUACAAACUACUAUUCUUAAAAUUUAAAAAAAAAAAACGCCUUUACAAUAUAGUGAGACCAGCAUUUUUGAUGAUUCAUUAUGGCUCUGAUUCAUUGGGGUGUGCUCAGAGCAGCCUGGACAUCUCAUGUAGCCACAUUAAAAAAACAAAUUCCUGCUUUUUGAAAGGGAGCUGGAAGAAGUGGGGGGGGGGUCUGAUUUCAGCCCCCACAGCCCUUUGCAAAAAGCUAAUUGACAACAUUUCAGAUUUCUGUAAAGAGCUAUGUGCACGCAAAUCUGGCUGCUAGAUUGGAAGAGGAGCCUGCAAGAGGUAUGAGUGUGCACAGCUCCUGGAUGGAUUGGAGUGCAUGCUUUUUUAGUUGUUCCUGAAGAAGGGGUUCUGCCCCAGAUAUGUUGGGCUAGAGCAUUCCUUCUUAAUAAGCUGUUUCCUACUACCGAGUUGAGGUUCUCCCCUGCCUUGUUUCUUCUACUCAUUGGUGCUGCCCUCCAUUUUUCCUUCCAGCCAUUUUAAGGGCCCACUGCUUUAUAUCCAACGUUGAAACUGAUUCCAAUUACCGUAUUUUCCGGCGUAUAAGACGACUGGGCGUAUAAGACGACCCCCAACUUUUGAGAAGAUUUUCCUGGGUUAAAAAGUAGUCUUAUACGCCAGAAAAUACAGUAAUAGUUUUUCUUUUACUUUUCAAAAUCACUGAGACAACUAAAAAUAUCUGUUUCAUCAAAGACACGACAAAUAUUUUUAUGUGGAGAAAGGCACCUAGUCCCUAUGAGAGUUUAUGCUUUGUAAAAUUGCUAUCAAUCUGAAUUUUGAAAGCCAUGUAAUCCAUUAAUUUUGUGAGCAGUUUAAACAAAGACUAUUUUUUUCUGUUUUAUUUCAUCUUAAGUUUAUUUUGUUGUUUCCUUUUCUCUAUAUAUUUCUUGUAUAAUACUUUUGUAAAGCCCUCCAGACUAAUUGAUUUUUGGAUUCCAGUAUAUUUAUGUGAAACUUUAUAAAAUAAACUAAUUUUUUUCAUUUCCAUAUUAAUACGUUCAACUCAUCAUGUAAAAAAAAAUACAGUGAGUCGGUGUGUUAUAUGAUACAACUGUAUUUUAUGUAUGCUUUGCCAAUA